UUCUCUUAAAUACAUCCAUGGUUCGAAUAGAAGUUAAUAAAUACAUAGCUAGCUAAAAGAAACUAUCCACUUUCUUCCAGGCGAGUUGAUUUAGUAACUUUAACCGCGUUUUGUUAACUUACGAACGUCAUUCGAUGCAGGGUAGUCUCCAAUAGAUAACCAACGUAUCUGGUUUCUGGGAACUUUAAACUAUGAAAUAGUUAACAUUAUCCUGGCACUUUCAGCUAGCUUAGCUGAAUGUGUUGACCAACGGCCCUUUGCUCUGUUCAUAUUUCCACUUAAGGAGAUGGAGAGUUAUCCUGCAGUCACUGACGGCGAUUCUACAAAACAUCAAGAAAGACAUUACUACCUGUUAUCUGAACUGCAAACCUUAGUCAAAGAUUUACCAAGCUCCUUCCAGCAGCGCCUGUCCUACAGCACGCUGGGUGACCUGGCUCUAGCACUCAUAGAUGGGACGGUCUAUGAGAUUGUGCAGGGGCUUCUGGAUAUUCAGCAUCUCACAGAGAAAAAUCUGUACAACCAGAGGCAAAAGCUGCACUGUGAACACCAAGCACUCAAACAAGAUCUUGUACGUAAACACAAAGAUGCCUUGCAGUCAUGCAAGUCUCACAACCUCGCGCUUCUCAAAUCUAACCAACAAGCGGAGCAAGAGGCUCUGGAAAUUCGUGUGCGAGAGGAACAAAGAAUGAUGGAUAAGAAGAUUGUAGCAGAAAUGGAUCAAAAGGUGAUAGACCAGCAAAACACCUUGGAGAAAGCAGGAGUCCCCGGAUUUUAUAUCACCACUAAUCCUCAGGAGCUGACAAUGCAGAUGAACCUACUUGAAUUGAUCCUCAAGCUUCAACAGAAGGAGUCACAAUCUGGAAUCAUUUGAGCAAGAGGCCUGUUUGUGCCAAAAGAGGGGUAAAAGUCACACACAAUGGCCACAGGCUCAAAUUCCAGUAAUUGUGAGAUGCAACAUGUGUCAGUCAACAUGUGGCCUUGUUCUCUUUCACAACAUGUUUGCCACUUGCUGUUAUAAGGGUAAUAUUCACCAGAAGGCUGGUUCUCAAGUGGAUCAAGGAAGACGUUUCCAGUCCUGGGGGAGAGCAGUAGCAGAUUGUGACAACAUAUUGUAAAGCCCUUAAAUGCCAGGACACCCGUUGUGAAAUUAUGAAAUGAAUGUGUUGCAAGUCCUUUACCGACACAUAAUAUACAUAUUUAAGCAGAGUAUUUAGGGAGCAGGCUCUGCCCGAAAUUAAAUAGCGGAGUGUCAAUAUGUAUGGGAUUACUGUUGUGACCCUCCUGCAGUGAGAUGGUCUCUCCAUAAGGGCCUGCUGAGCGUCGGGUAUGUUUUGCUACUAUUGAUACUUUAUUAUGUAUCAUGUUGGUUUUUUUUUGUUUUUUUUUAUCUGUUUAUUUUGUUUUAGUUGUGUUGGUACUAUGGGUGCAAAUUCGAUUUUGAGCGAAUUUUUUAUUUAUUUUUUUCCCUUAAAUGUGAGUGUUGGUUAAAGGUUUUGUACUCGACAUUCAGCACAUUAAUAUAGCAGCGAACAAGAAUAUAGUGGAGUAAGGGCGUCUAGAGCCGAUAAUGAAGUCACACUCCCUCUGUGUGUGUUGUAACCAGAGCUUCUCUGUUCUUUUUUCUGAUAGCUGGUCCGGCUGCUCAUGCAUGUUAGUGCAUUUGUCUGUGAAAAGCGUAGCUAUUUCACGUAUUGGGGAACGUCCAAUCUGUGAAAGCCGUGUGGAGGCAACCCCAAUUUAUUUAUUUAUUUUUUUUCAGUAUUUUGAUUAUUGCCCCACAUAAAUGAGUAACAAUGAACAAUUGAAUUUGUGAUAUAUUUUGCAUAUAAUCUAAACCAGUAUGGAUGGUAGCAUUAGAUAUUUUUACAUUUCCAUUACAUGAAUAUUUGUUUUCAUAAAACGAAUGUUCUAAAAAUAAGAAAAUGUCUUUGUCUUUUGUAAAUGAUUUAACAGAAUUGAGUUCUGUUAUUGUUCGUCUUUCUCAGUGCAGUGAUUUGUAGCACUGGGUUCCACAUGAUUUCACCACUCCAUGAACAGCUUAUUAAAACGAGCACAUCAGAUUUAUUGCAGAGCAAGUUUACACUUACACAUAAAGUGCAUACAGUAAACAAUAGAAAUAUUAAAAAGGCAACAAUCAAUGUACUGCUUUAGUCAAGAACAUGAACUACCGGUCAAAAGUUUGGGGUCACUUAGAAAUUUCCAUUCCACUCCAUUACAGACAGAAUACCAGC